AAUCAAGUGUGAUGAUUGUGAAAGAAGUCAAUCUUUUUCCUGGGGAUUAGGAUCAAAACCCAUAACCUUUUGUAAUCAGCUGCUAUGCUAUGACGAGGAAUCAAGUGUGAAUUUUGACAAACCAAAGUAAAUCUUUUACCUGGGAAACCUAGCAUCUUGUUAUUAUCAGCCUUGCUAUGGAGAGAUAUGAGGAUCACAGGAACAGAUCAGAUGCACAGAUCAUAAAAUGUGAACUUAACUUAAUAAACAUGUCCAACUUAUCUUCAAUUGUGUCACAUAUGCAAAAUUAUUCAGGAAACCCCCCAAAUAGAUACAAUCAAGGAAAUAGAUGAACUGGAUGUGACAAGGUGUUAGAACAAAUGAAUAAUGUAAUAUAAUCAAACAGACUUGGAAUAUACAGGAGAGACAUCACAUUGUUUUAUUUGUGAUUAAGGAUUUUUCAGACACUUCACCCAAAAAGACAUAUUAAGACUUCUACUUGUUAAUCAUUACACAAGAGUGAUGUCUAUUUCAAGUCAAGGUCUGGUUUUAGUGAAAAAAAUACAUGAAGUCUCAUUUCCAGAUACGGAAUGUAUGGAGGACAAGCCAUACGAUUGUGUUGAGAAGGCUAAAGGCGUUGUAAAGGUAAAUGCAAGUACAGUAGUUAAGAGAGAUAGGAUUACAUUUACAGGAAAUAAGACAUAUAGGUGUGAUUUCUGUGGAAAAGUAUUUACAUUGCGAUUGAACCUAAAAUUACACAUCAGGACACAUACAGGAGAGAAACCGUACAAGUGUGAUGUCUGUGGUAGGGGUUUCAGUGCUAAAGCAAAUCUGAAUAUACACUACAAAUCACAUACUGGAGAGAAGCCCUACAAGUGUGAUGUCUGUGGUACAGGAUUUAGUGUGACAUCUCAGCUAUUAGUACACCUCAGAAUACAUACGGGGGAAAACCCUUAUAAGUGUGAUAUUUGUGGUAGGAGGUUUAGUCGGACAGGUGACCUUUGGAUACACCUUAGGACACAUUCCAACGAUAAGUCAUACGAGUGUGAUGUCUGCGGUAAGGGAUUUAGUUUUGCAUCUGAGCUAUUAGUACACCUCAGAAUACACACUGGAGAAAAGUCCUAUCAGUGUGAUAUUUGUAGUGGGAGGUUUAAUCAGGCAGGUGACCUUCGGAAACACCUUAGGACACAUUCCAAGGAUAGACCAUACAAGUGUGAUGUCUGUGGUAAGGGAUUCGGUCAUAAAUGUAUCUUAAAGACCCAUCUCUGGACACAUACAGAGGAGAAACCAUUCAAGUGUAAUCUCUGUGAUCAGGGUUUUAUUCAGCCGGGCAACCUAAAGAAACAUCUGAAGUCAAGACAUACAGGUGAGAAGCCUCACAAAUGUGAUUCCUGUGGAGAAAGAUUUUCUCAGCUGGGUAACCUACAUGUACACCUCAGGACGCAUAAAGGAGAGAAACCCUACAAGUGUGAUAUCUGUGAUAAGGGGUUUUGUGUGGCAUCUCGCCUACCAAUACACCACAGAAUACAUGCUAAAGAAACGCCCUAUAAUUGUGAUAUUUGUGGUAAGAGGUUUAGUGGGAAAAGUGACCUUCAGAUACACCUUAGGACACAUCCCCAAGACAAGCCAUACAAGUGUGAUUCAAGUGGUAAGGAGAUUGGUCAGAAACCCAGCUUAAAGUUUCACCUCUGGACACCGACAGAGGAGCAUCUAUUCAGGUGUGAUUUCUGUGAUAAGCGGUUUGCUCGGAUAGGUAGCCUAAAUGUUCAUCUGACGACCAAACAUGCAGAGGAAAAGCCGCAUAAGUGUGAUGUCUGUGGGACAGGCUUUUCUGUGUUGCAAAGUCUGGAAAAGCACCUCAGGACACAUGCAGGAGUGAAGCCAUACAAUUGUAAACUCUGUGAUAAGGUGUUUAGUAGGAAAAGUCACCUAAAUAGACAUUUGAGGACCAAACAUACAACAGAAGAAAAGCCACACACGUGCGACGUCUGUGGAACGGGGUUUUCUGUGUUACAAAGUCUUAAAGAGCACCUCAGGACGCAUGCAGAAGAACAGCCGCACAAGUGUGAUGUCUGUGGUAGCGAGUUUUCUGCAAUACUAAGUCUAAAAGAGCACCUCAAGACACACUCUAUAGAUAUACAGAAGCCAUACAAGUGUGAGCUCUGUGGUAAAGCAUUUACUCAGAGCGGUUCCUUAAAGUGCCAUCUCAUGAUACAUACAGGAGAAAGGCCUCAUAAGUGUGAUAUCUGUGGAAAAGGGUUUAUCAUAAAAAAAGAGCUUCAGAAUCACAUCAGGACACAUACAGGAGACAAACCAUACAUGUGUGAUGUCUGUGGUAAGGGGUUUACUCAGUUAGGAUCCCGAAAUAAACACCUCAAGUCAAAACAUAUGAAAGAGAUGAACUGCAAAUGUGAUAUCUGCUUUAAGGAGUUCAGUUGCCCUGCAUACCUACAGAAACAUUCCCAGGUACAUGCAGGAAAGCCCCAUAUUUGUGAUGUCUGUGGUAAAGGGUUUAGUAGACAAAGUGGCUUAAAGGCUCACCUUAAGUCACAUACUGGAGAAAAGACACACAUAUGUGAUGUUUGUGGAAAGAGGUUAGCAUCUUACAGUAGCUUACAUAAACACACCAGGAUACAUACAGGAGAGAAGACUUGUGAUGUCUGUGGUAAGGCAUUUGGAGACGCAACUUGCCUAAAAAGUCACCUACUGACACAUACAACAGAGAUGCCAUACAAGUGUGAUGUCUGUGGAAAGAGAUUUAAACUUUCACCUUGGUUAAAGGUGCACCUCAGAACUCACACAAGAGAGAAGCCAUACAAGUGUGAUAUCUGUGGUAAAGGGUUAAGUGCGGCUAGUUACCUUAAGAAGCACCGCAUGAAACAUAAUGUACCGUGUAGGCUGUGAAAGGUUUCAACCAAUGCAAAAAUGAUGAUCAUUAGCAGGCGACGCGCUAGUACUAAUAAUGAAACCAGGCCUCCUCUGCCCCGGCCGGGUAUUAAAUCAAUCCCAUGCCUUGUAAUGGAGCAAUCCAAGUGUGAGUCACAAUGGGGCGAUUUCAAAAUUAAUUAGCAGCACAUUGGUCCGCAUCCAUAAAUAGGGUUGUAGUAUGAACUAUUUCUGUUGAUAUCCUGUAUAACUUAAGUUAAACUCUGCCUAAAAUGUCGUUAAAUUAUCAAGUAAAUGUAGCAAGAGCAAUUGAAAUCUGAAUUGUCCGCCAUGUUGGAAAGUUCGUCUCUCUUCCGAUAUAGGUCAUCAGUCGUCUUAAUAUGGGUGACAUGAUCACCCAAUAAGGAAAUUGUAGUAAACAUGGCAGCACCAGUAGUAAUACUAUUGGCCAUAUAUAGAAAGAAUAAUUGAGACAACAUCACGCUUGAUCUGUCAUGGCGAUCGUUUCUAUUCUUUUCCCCAAGAUGGACUUGGUUAAUUUGUGAAAGAGUUUUUUUCUUUGGUAAGGAUUCAAUUUUGCAAUAUUUUGAUAUUAUAACAUUAUACUCAUAUGAGGCGUGAAUUAUAUGUAAUCUUACAGAUUAACACUUUUGAUUUUGCUCCAUUAGUUGGCAUAGGACCGUUUUGUAAGCUCUGACGACGCAAUAUAUAAAAAAAAAAAUCACAUCGUCAGAAAGCUAUGUUAUCGCAGCUAGCGACAUGCAAAGGAGAGACAACGAGUCGAUCGAUCGACGAUCAAUAAUACUUUCGACAAUUAACAAUCUGAUGCAAUUUCGUUUUAGACAAGAUUCUUGUUUGACAUUAAUUGAGGAAUGAUUACUAUCAUUAAAGGACUAUGCACCAAUACCAUAUUUUUAUGUAUAACAAUAUAUAUAAAUAUAACAGGAAGCGUAAACAUACAAAAAGUGAUGUCUAACAUCAUUUUGAGAAGCACGUAUAUAUACUAAAUGGCAUGAUCAUAUUUGAUUAUUUUAGCUCAUCUGGCACGAAGUGCUAACUGAGCUUAUGGUAUGUUGUGUUGUCCGUCGUUCGUCAAAUUUUUCUUUGAAUGACUUCUUCUUGAAAGCUGGAUGACCUAGGGCCAUGAUAUUUACA